AUCCCCUCAUUCCGUCAGGGUGGUGGUGGAGGAUGAGGAGGAGGAGGAAGCUUCCGCGUGUUUCCAACAUCAGAUCUGGAGCGCGUGGGUCUCGUUCUUCUCCGCCUUCCCCUUCUCGUCCUCAUCGUCCUCCUCGUCCGAGUCUGAGUCCUCCUCCAUGGUCAGCUUCUGGAGAAGGUGGCUGACGCGAUGGUGGCGCAAAGCGGCCAAGAAGAUCCUGCGGGCGCUUUGCAAGAGGCUGUGGCGUCGAGCCUGGGAACCUGAGGAUGAUGAUGACGGUGGUGGUGGUGACGGCGGUGACGGUGGUGAUGGACCUGACCAGCACGUCAUUGCGUGGAGGGAACAGCCGCUGUUCCAGACCCGGUCUGUGUUGAGAAGCCCCAUGGACCCAUCAAUGCUUGACCGGAGCCUCUACACCGUCGUGAGCGGAGGCGAUGGCGAUGACGAUGGCGACGAGGAAGACCGUGGACGCCGAUGCAGCUGCCAGUUGUGCAACCGCGUGGGUGAGGUGCUGCUGGCACUCCACUACUGCCAGGAGCUCCAGACGCUGCACGUCCGUCUCAUGGAGGUGCUGCUGGACGGAGCCCCUCGGGUGACCCCCAUCUCUGGCGGUCACCUGGGGGGCGUCGCGUCCCGCUGGGCUGCCCGGAGCGCCGCAGGGCACUGCACGCUGGCGCUGAUGCCCGGCGCCGGCUCUGAGGAGCGCAGCGUGGGGCGCUGGGGUCCUCCGGCAGGGGGGGGUCUCGUGUUCGAGGAGAGCUUCUCCUUUGCGCUGGCGCCACCGGAGCUCGCCCGGCGCUCGCUCCUCGUGCGCUUCUUCCGAGCCGACUCCUUCUCGCGCCACCAGCUCGCCGGCCAGGCCCACGUGCCACUGGUGCCGGACACCGGCGCUGCGGGGCGCCACCGGCGGCUCGGCAUGGUCCCUCGCGUCGUGCGGCACGGCCUGCUGCGCGUGCCUAGCCAGGGCUUCUUCUGCGGGGAGCUACUACUGUCCCUGGGCUAUUGCGGGCGGACAGAGCGCCUUACGGUCAUUGUCCUCAAGGCCCGGGGUCUCGCGGCUGCCCACGGCAACUUCACUGAUGCCCACGUGAAGGUGACCGUGCUGGAGAGCGGCCGCCCGCAGCGUGCCCGGAAGACGAAGCGCGUGCCACUGUCGACCGCCGAGGCCGCCUCCGAGCCGGAGACCCCGGAAGAGGCGGCAGCGGCAGCGCCGGUCUUCAACGAGAGGCUGGCGCUGCCGCUGGCCACGGGGGCCCUGAGCCGGGCCCGGCUGCUGGUGCGCGUGCGACGCCGAGAGGAGCGACGCCACCGCCGCUCGCUGCUGCUGCUGCCCAGGUCGCCAGCCGUCGAGCUGGGAAGGCUGAUGUUCGGCGCGGAGGCUCGUGGUGGGAGCAAGGGGGGAGCCGGGGGAGGAGCCGGGCAAGAGGAGGCGGAUCACUGGCGCUGUGCCGUUCUGGGCGGCCGCGCGGAGGCGCGAUGGCACCGGCUGCGUCUGCCCGAUCCAACGAGCUGUGACCGCACGAGGUGGUGAUGGUGAGAAUGGUGGAUGUGAUAUUGGAGGUGGUGAUUGUGGAGAUAGUGAUGGUAAUAAUGGUGGAGGUGGUGGUAGUAGUGGUGGUAAUGGUGGUGGUGGAGGUAAUCGUGGAUAUUGUAGUGGAGUUGGAGGGUGGUAACAUUCAUACUCAACUCACUCACUCUGUAGAACAGGGCUAGAACACACAAACGCCACUCACUCACUCUGUAGAACAGGGGUAGAGCACACAAACUCCACUCACUAACUCUGUAGAACAGGGGAAGAACACACAAACUCCAUUCACUCACUCUAUAGACCAGGGGUAGAAUACACAAACUCCAUUCAUUAACUCUGUAGAACACACAAACGCCACUUUGUAGACCAGGGGUAGAAUACACAAACUCCACUCACUCGCUCUGUAGACCAGGGGUAGAAUACACAAACUCCAUUCAUUAACUCUGUAGAACACACAAACGCCACUCUGUAGACCAGGGGUAGAAUACACAAACUCUAUUCAAUAACUCUGUAGAACACACAAACUCCACUCUGCAGACCAGAGGCAGAACACACAAACUCCACUCACUCUGUAGAACAGGGGUAGACCCCCCCCCCCCAA